ACCCCGCAGAGUCCCGCGAGCUGCUUCCUUCUCUCCCUCUCAUUGGUCCAGCCUGGCUGCCAUUCUGGUGUAAGGAGGCGAAGUUGCUUACUGAUUGGUGGAUUCCGUUUGGCGCCAACUAGGAAAGGGGGGCGGGGUAGCGGCGGCUCCUAGUGAGCAGCUAUUACCGCGAAAGGCCACUUUGGUCGCGACAUCCUGGGACGGAGGUGGAGGUUGGCUGGGUUCUCUGCGACCCAGGGCUAGGCAGAGAGGGGAGAGGAAAAGCGAAGACAGCGUGAGCUUGGUCCGUUGCCUCGCGGCUCUCGCCCUCUCUCCCUCCGGACCUGCCGACUUUGUUUGGAUUUAAUCUUCAGGUUGCCGGCGCCCGCCCGCCCGCUGGCCUCGCGGGGUACGAGGAAAGCACCCGUGCUUGUGGCUGUCGCCGGACAGGUCCAGAUACCCUCCCGUCCGCGCCACUUACCCGCGGCAGCCGCGUCUCUGAACCGCGGGGUCGUGUUUGUGUUUGACCCGUGGGCGCCGACGGCGGGGCGCGCGGCCGAGGCCGGUGCCGGCGGGGCGGGGCGGGCGUGGCGGAGGCGGAGGAAGAGGGAGCGGGAUCCCUUGGAGGCCUGGCGCCGCCAUGGAACUGGGCCCGGAGCCCCCGCACCGCCGCCGUCUGCUAUUCGCCUGCAGUCCCCCUCCCGCGCCACAGCCCGUCGUGAAGGCUCUGUUUGGUACGCCAGCCGCUGGGGGACUGUCGCCUGUCACCAACCUGACGGUCACCAUGGACCAGCUGCAGGGUCUGGGCAGUGAGUCUGAGCAGCCACUGGAGUUGAAAAACAACAGUAAUCUGCAGAGAAUGGGUUCCUCCGAGUCCACCGAUUCAGGUUUUUGUCUGGAUUCUCCUGGGCCCUUGGAUAGUAAAGAAAACCUUGAAAAUCCCGUGAGAAGAAUAAAUUCCCUACCUCAGAAGCUUCUGGGAUGUAGCCCAGCUCUGAAGAGGAGCCAUUCCGAUUCUCUUGACCAUGACAUCUUUCAGCUCAUUGACCAAGAUGAAAACAAGGAAAAUGAAGCCUUUGAGUUUAAGAAGCCGAUAAGACCUGCAUCUCGUGGCUGCCUGCAUUCUCAUGCACUUGAGGAGGGUAAAGAUCUCUGCACACAAAGGCAGAACUCUGCCCCAGCUCGGAUGUUUUCUUCAAAUGAAAGAGAUUGCAGUGAACCAGGGAAUUUUGUUCCUCUUUUUAUGCCCCAGUCACCUGUGACAGCCACUUUGUCUGAUGAGGAUGAUGGCUUCAUGGACCUUCUUGAUGGAGAGAAUCUGAAGAAUGAUGAGGAGACCCCAUCGUGCAUGGCAAGCCUCUGGACAGCUCCCCUUGUCAUGAGAAGAACUACAAAUGUCGGCAACCGAAGCAAGCUGCUUGACUUCCCUUCCCUGUGUAGCGCCAGCACUCGGUCAUCAUUGAAGAGACCAGAGCGAUCUCAAGAUGAGUCACCACCUGGAAAUACAAAGCGGAGAAAGAGCAUAGCUGGAGACAGCCCCAAAGAAGCAGCUAGUCCAGAGAAGGCCCCGGAGAUUCCACAUCAGUCUUUAUCCCUGGUAUCUUCCCCAAAAGGGACCAUUGAGAACAUUUUGGAUAAUGACCCAAGGGACCUUAUAGGAGACUUCUCCAAGGGUUACCUUUUUCAUACAGUCGCAGGGAAACAUCAGGAUUUGAAAUACAUCUCUCCAGAAAUUAUGGCAUCUGUUCUGAAUGGCAAGUUUGCAAACCUCAUAAAAGAAUUUGUUAUCAUUGACUGCCGAUACCCAUAUGAAUAUGAGGGGGGCCACAUCAAGGGUGCAGUAAAUUUGCACAUGGAAGAAGAGGUUGAAGACUUCUUACUCAAGAAGCCCAUUGUUCCUACUGAUGGCAAGCGUGUCAUUGUUGUGUUCCACUGCGAGUUUUCUUCUGAGAGAGGUCCCCGCAUGUGCCGGUAUGUGAGGGAGAGAGAUCGACUUGGUAAUGAAUACCCCAAACUUCACUAUCCGGAGCUGUAUGUCCUAAAGGGGGGAUACAAGGAGUUCUUCUUGAAAUGCCAAUCUCACUGUGAGCCUCCCAGCUACCGACCCAUGCACCAUGAGGACUUUAAAGAAGACCUAAAGAAGUUCCGCACCAAGAGCCGGACCUGGGCAGGAGAAAAGAGCAAAAGGGAGAUGUACAGUCGUUUGAAGAAGCUCUGAGGGCGGUGGUGCCAGAUAGCAGCAGUCUCCGCUUUCUUCUUUCCCCACCUUCCCCUCUUUGCUGCAGAGAAACUUGAGCAAAAGGGGCCAGCUGUGUGACAUUUGGAGAGAAGGCCUGGGGCUUCCAUGUCUUAAACAUACCUCUCACACUCCCAAGGUUGGAGCCCAGGCAUCUUGCUGGCUGUGCCUCUUCUGUCCCUGUAAGACAUCCUCCUUUCAUAUCAGGACUAUUUGCCAAGGUUGUCAGGUGCCAUGGCACAGUUCUGAGCAUGUCAACUGUCCUACCCACAGUGGGAUGAAACAGCUGGGCCUUAUUGGGCUUUGGCCUUCUCUCAGGAGAGAGACAGAAGGGGAAUACAGAGAAGUAACAGAUAAAUGUUGCUGGCCAAAUAUCAAAGACAGCCCGGGAAGGAAAAAAUCUUUGUGGGAUAAUCCAUAUCUUUAAUUUAUUCAACUUCAUCAAUCACUUUAUUUUUAUUUUUAUUUUUUUUUAACUCUUGAGACUUUACUGCUUUAUUAGGUCAAAAUACUGCCUUUCUUGGUAGGGUUUUAUCAUCCCCAGCACUACCUCAGCUUUUAAUUAAAAAAAAAAAAAAACAGGAGUAAGAAAAGGCAAACCUGCUGCUAUUCAAAACCAAGGACUGAGGUACUGGUCAGAGUGGGUGCUGGACUCAGGCUUGGCUACAGGAGAUGAGCUAAACCUCCCAGACCUACUUCUGGCCAUCAGGAUCUAAUGGGAGAUAUGUCCCUGCUCUUCUCACCCUAGUUCCCUGUGAUGUUGGCUGGCAUAGAAGUCAGAGUCAGGAAAGCACUUCAGACAGCUUCCCUUGGGCCACCCCCAGGCCAUUGUUGGGAUGUUGUAGUGUAGGUUUCCCAGGCUAGGGGGUAGGAAUGGGUGGGCUCUGCAGGAUGAGAGAGCGGCAUAUCCACUGAGGGUCCUCCUGUUACUGAUACUCUAGCUUUUAUUAUAUAUUUUUUUUAAAUAGUCAUUUUGAGUCAAAGAGUAUCAAAUCAGUGUUGGAUGAGCCACCCAAGGGUGGGGAGAGGGGCUGGAAGCCCUGGGCAUUAAGAGAAGGGAAUGGGUGCUGGCAUGGAGAUGACUGUAGAGAAUGUUUCUCAUGAGGGAGCGUGGUGGGUUUAUCAUGUUUUGAUUUGAGGGACAGAGAAUGUUGAAUCAUCACCAGUUGCCCUCUUAUCUAGCCCCAUGGAAGUAGGACUUGAAGGAACACCUCAUCCAAGGAGCCUGGGGCUGACUUGAUUGAUUCUAGAUAGGCCUGUUGCAGGGGCUGCACAUCCUCACUCUGUGAUGCCAGUUGCCUUGCCAUUGUUGCUCCAUGAGGUGUAGCCAAGUACCUCUUAUAAUAAGAGUCAGUCUCCGCUUUGUACCUCUCAGUUUCCUAUGCUGGGGUUGGGGAGGGAAUCAUUGGUAUUGGAGAUGACUAGUUAAGUUCUGGGUUUGAGUUGCAUUUGGCUAUGAAACAAUCUUGUUGGCAAAAGUAUGUGGGGAAAAGGCCUCUUCCCCCACGCACAUUGAGACAGAUCCCGAUUGGUCUCUGAUCUUUGUAGGAAUUCUGUCAGUUGAAUGCCUGAAGAGAAAAGUGGCAUGGCCUUCAGAUUGUACCAUUUUAGCUAGCACUGUUAACCAACUAUUGCAGGCUCUAAAAAUAAAAAAUCUUA